UCGGGCCGCUGUCGCCGCGCCAGCCCUUCCCGGUUCCUCCUUCCAGCCCGGGACCCUCCAGCUGUUGGCGCUGCGGGACGUGCUGGCACAGUCAGCUUUGCCAGCCUCGUUCCCUGCGGUCCCGGCUCCCGCCCGGCCCCCUCCUUCCGCGUGGCUAGUGCCCGCGCAUCCACUCCCUCCUCCCCGGCUCUCCCAGGCUCACUGGGACAGGAGACUGCAAGUCCAGCGGGCUAAGUGGGAACAGCUCCAAGCCCCGGGAUCUGAAGCCGACCCGGGAACUUAACGGGCGCAGGUUCGAGAGGUGCGUCAGAAGGAGGUGCACCACCAGCAAGGAAGUCCAGAGCAGCAUGGCCAGGAGAAGCGCCUUCCCUGCAGUGAUGCUCCGUCUCUGGAGCAUCCUGCCUUGCCUGCUCCUGCUGCGGGCGGAGGCCGGGCAGCCGCGGGAGGAGAGCCUGUACCUGUGGAUCGACGCUCACCAGGCGAGGGUGCUCAUAGGAUUUGAAGAAGAUAUCCUGAUUGUCUCAGAGGGGAAAAUGGCCCCCUUUACACAUGAUUUCAGAAAAGCCCAACAGAGAAUGCCAGCAAUUCCUGUCAAUAUCCACUCCAUGAAUUUUACCUGGCAAGCUGCAGGGCAGGAAGAAUACUUCUAUGAAUUCCUGUCUCUUCGCUCCCUGGAUAAAGGCAUUAUGGCAGAUCCAACUGUCAAUGUCCCUCUGCUGGGAACAGUGCCUCACAAGGCCUCAGUUGUCCAAGUUGGUUUCCCAUGUCUUGGAAAAGAAGAUGGGGUGGCAGCAUUUGAAGUGAAUGUGAUCGUGAUGAAUUCUGAAGGCAAUACCAUCCUUCAGACCCCACAAAAUGCAAUCUUCUUUAAAACAUGUCAACAGGCGGAGUGUCCGGGAGGAUGUCGGAAUGGAGGCUUUUGCAAUGAGCGACGCAUCUGCGAGUGUCCUGAUGGAUUCUACGGGCCUCACUGUGAGAAAGCGCUCUGCACACCUCGAUGUAUGAAUGGGGGGCUGUGUGUUACUCCUGGCUUCUGCAUCUGCCCACCUGGAUUCUAUGGGGUCAACUGUGACAAAGCAAACUGCUCAACUACCUGCUUUAAUGGAGGCACCUGUUUUUACCCAGGAAAAUGCAUCUGCCCUCCAGGACUAGAGGGAGAGCACUGUGAAAUGAGCAAAUGCCCACAACCCUGCCGAAAUGGAGGUAAAUGCAUUGGUAAAAGCAAAUGUAAGUGUCCCAAAGGUUACCAAGGAGACCUCUGCUCCAAGCCUGUCUGUGAACCUGGCUGUGGUAUGCACGGAACCUGUCAUGAACCCAACAAAUGCCAGUGUCAAGAAGGUUGGCAUGGGAGACACUGCAAUAAAAGGUUUGGAGCCAGCCUCAUGUAUGCCCUGAGGCCAUCAGGCGCCAGGCUUGGACAGCACACGCCUCUACUUAAAAAGGCUGAGGAGCAGCAGGAUCCACCUGAAUCCAAUUACAUCUGGUGAACUCCGACAUCUGAAACGGUUUAAGUUACACCAAGUUCGUAGCCUUUGUUAACCUUUCAUGUGUUGAAUGUUCAAAUAAUGUUCAUUACACUUUAGCAUACUGGCCUGAAUUUUAUUAGCUUCAUUAUAAAUCACGGGGCUGAUAUUUACUCUUUUAAGUUUUCUAAGUAUGUCUAGCAUGAUGGUAUAGAUUUUCUUCUUUCAGUCCUUUGGGACAGAUUUUAUAUUAUGUCAGUUGAUCGGGUUAAAAAUUUGUCAUUUGGUGUGUAGUUGGCAGAUAUUUGCAAAAUUAUAGUGCAUUCAUGGUGUUAGGUUGGGGGGCAGUAGAGAGGUUAAACUGGACAAAAAUAUAUAAAUCACAAGAGUUUGGAUAAAGCAGUUAAUAGUGUUGAAGUUACAGUAUUUCAAAUUUUAUUGUCAAAUACUUGGAUAUUUGUCUAAAUUAAUUUUUUAAUUGCCCUCCCUUAUCUUGAAAUGCAUACAGACUUUUGCCCUCACCACUAUUCUAGACAGUCAGUAUUGGGAAAAACAAAACAUAAAAAUACCAAAAAAUCACACUGUGUUAGUGGCAUUUAAACAAUAUAAUAUAUUGUAAGCACAUGACAUAAGGAAUAUAAUGUAUGAAGUCUUUGCAUUGGAUUGAAGCAAUAUAAUAUAUUGUAAACAAAACACAGCUCUUACAUAAACAUUGUAUACUGUUUGUAUGUGUAAAAUAAAGGUGCUGCUUUCAUUUUCUGA